UGGCUGGGAAACAAUAGUUGAACAACAAAUCCAGUCUUGCGUGCAGGAAGGACCUCAGCGUCUGUGGAUACUUCUGCCUGUCUGUCUGUCUGUCUGCUGCUGAGCACUGAAGACAGUUUUAGUCCAGACAGCGGGGGAUGGAGUGGCCCUACGGAGCAGGUCUACUUUUCUUCCAACAGUUCAUCACCCUUGAACCGCCUCAGCACUAGCUAACAGUAUCGAGUGAGACCUUCGACGUGUGAGUCUUUUUAUGAGAUCCUGAAAACAACCGGGGUGAGAGACGGCGAAAAGGUAGUGAGAAUUCGAAAAACAGACAGACGAAGCGAACAUAUUGGAGAUCCCCGUGAGGAUCGAGAGCCUCAGGGUGGCCCAAUAAUGAAACCUUCAAUCUCUGUGGGCCCCCCCUCUGGCCUGCUGCUGUUCCUGAUGUGCUGCCCCCUGCUGGGUUUGGUCCAGUCCGCCAGCAGCAACAAGGCUGGGGAUAACGCACACCCGCACCUCGGAGACACUGACCCGGAGCGCUGCAUGAGGCACCACUUCGUAGAGACCAUCACACACCCCAUCUAUAAGUGCAACUCCAAGAUGGUGUUGCUGGCGCGCUGUGAAGGCCACUGCAGCCACACGACCCGCUCUGACCCCCUCAUCUCCUUCAGCUCGGUGCUCAAACAGCCGUUCAAAAGCACCUGCUCCUGCUGCCGGCCGCACACAUCCAAGCUGAAGGCGGUGAGGCUGCGCUGCGCCGGCGGGACGCGCAUUACAGCCACGUACAGAUACAUCUUGGCCUGCAACUGUGAGGAGUGCAGCUGAGCGGGGAGCAGCACCCUCCCACACCCACGAGACUUUCAAGACACGGCAUCUUCUCAGCCCGAAGGACAGCAGCUCGAGAUGCUUGUUGCUAUCUUGGGAGCGAUCAUUUUCAACAAUCCUACCACCCUCACACGGCCUUAAACCUGACCUGCAGCACUUGGGAUUCCGACAGAACAUACUAUAUACCCUAUCCGCUCUCAGUUGUCCCACCAGGCAUGGCUUCACUGUGUGUGUGCAUUCAAUCUAUACAAACCAUAUGAAGCAUUCUUUCUGCAGCACACAAGGCCAGACACCACAAAUUUCUGCUCCCAUGGGCCAGUCGGAGACCCUCCUCAAUGCGGAGGCUCAUUACAGGCCUCGGUAAUUCAUAACACACACGCUCAUGAACCGCAGAAUGAGAGCUCAUUACAAAUGUCUGUAACAGCUUUCUGCCAGCUCCAUAAAAACCCCACCAUGCAUUUGACAACAAAACAACAUGGCUCGUUAAAAAGCAGCAUGGGAAAGGAUGAGGCCCAAUGAGGAUGAGACAUGUGGUGGAUCUAUAGAGGAGCACCUGCGUCGUGUUUCUCCGGUGCGCUUAUUCACCCAGUAUAUUUUACACACUCCCUGCAGACUUUCAUCACGCUGUGUAAAACAUGACCAAUGCUGACAGGAGAGCUCAUCAGGUGAGCAAUAAAAAAAAAAA